GGAAAAUUUCACUGAGCUCCCUGUACUACAACUCGACGUCACUUUUCUCCUCCAUGUAUUAAGUUCUCUCUCUUUUACCUCAAUAUUUUUAUCUAAUUACACAUCGCAGUCAAUACUCUGUCUAAUUUACCGUUGCACAUCCUCUGCAAAUGAACAAAGAAAAUAGAAAUUUCACUAGGGUUUUCCGCAGAAUUGCUCCUUCACAUCUUCAAUCCUAAACCCAAAUUUUCGAUCAACAAACACUGAAUUAAUGGUAGAAGGCGGAGGAGCUGGUGAACCCGAACCGAUUCCGGGGCCUAAACCCACCUCUUCGUACGAAUCCUCCGGCGACCGUCUCCGGUUCACGGUGGAGCUCCGUCCCGGUGAAACGACCAUCGUUUCGUGGAAGAAGCUUCUCAAGGAGGCUACCUCCAGUAAGCCCAACGGACCUGGCCGAUCAGUUUCGUUUCCGUUGUCGGAUGCCCAUCAGCAGCCGGUUUUUCAUCCUUCGCCUCCGCUGCCUGCGGUGGAAUCUUUCAAUCAGGUGGCGGAGAAUGAAGUUAAAGACUCACAAGCUCAGGCCGGGUCGAACCGUUUGAGCAAUGUGAUUGAGAAAAUCGAGCGUAUGUAUGCGGGUAAUGGCAGUAGUGAAGAGGAAGAUGUUUUUUUGGAUGAUGUGCCCGAUGAUGAUGAUUAUGAUACAGAGGAUUCGUUCAUUGAUGAUGCCGAACUGGAUGAUUAUUUCAAGAUUGAUAACUCAUCCAUAAAGCAUGAUGGAUUUUUCGUGAAUCGUGGAAAGUUGGAGCGCAUUGAACCUGCCACAACUGCAGACCCACAGCCAAAGAAAAGGAGACGUAAAGAUGCUACCAAAGGUGAAACUGGGAAAAAUGACGUAGAUAACUCGAAAAAGCAAGUGAAAAUGGGGAAUAGAAGUAGAAAAUCGAAUGAAAGAAGCUCCACUAGUCAGUCACAUAGAAUGACUGCAACAAACAUGCUAACUGCCGAAGUACCAUCUGAUCCUUCUCCAUCAUAUGCUGCUGAAUCAUUAAAGAAGAAAACUGCAGAUAUCCAAAUAGCUAUGAAUCCUUCAGGACUUCCGAGUGGUGAAGGCAUUAGGCAGAAUAAGGAUGCUGACCAGCAGACAACUAGAAUUCUCACAUCAGAGGACCAUAAUAGUAAAUUGAAAGAGAGUAGGGAACUUCAAGAGCCUCCAGCUCAGGGGUCCAAUGACAAACAAUUACAUUUAAGUGAGUCUCAUUCUGCGAAAGAACUAAAUAAUGGUGAUGAGCUGGGUCCAACUAUUCAACGGAAAGAGACAGGUGGAAUUGUUGGAAGAUUUGACCUUAAUGUCCCGCCUAGUGCUAGCACUGGCAGGGAACCACAAAUUACAAAGGCUCCUCUCAUGCCAAGAAAAGAAGGAUCAAAUGUUAGAUCAAGAAUCUCAAUGCUCGAGAAGGCCAUUCGGGAGUUGGAAAAAAUAGUUUCUGAAUCUAGACCACCUUCUACUGAAGUCCAUGAUCCUGAUAGCUCUUCUCAGACGGUGAAAAGGAGAUUGCCGCAAGAUAUAAAGCAGAAGUUGGCGAAAGUUGCUAGAUUAGCGCAUGCCAGCUAUGGAAAAAUACCAAAGGAUGUGACCAAUCGUCUGAUGAGCAUUGUUGGCCACUUAAUGCAGCUUAGGACGCUGAAGAGAAACCUUAAAAUCAUGGCUAAUUUGGGGUUGUCUGCUAAACAAGAGAAGGAUGAUCGGUUACAGAAGAUAAAACAAGAGGUUGCAGAUAUGGUCAGGCAGUGGAUUCCAUAUAUGAAGUCCAAGUUGGAACAUCAAAAUGCUAGUUCAGAUUAUUUUCAAGGAGCUGGGCUAGAAGAGAAAGAAGCAUUGAAACGAAAAUACAGCAUGGAUGAUGCUUUGGAAAAUAAGAUUUGCGAUUUAUAUGACCUUUAUAUUGAGAGACUAGAAGAAGACUCGGGCCCUCCUGUCAAAAGACUUUAUGAAGAGCUUGCAUCAUUGUGGCCUAGUGGAAUCAUGGACACUCAUGGAAUUAAACGUGCAAUAUAUAAAGCUAAAGAUAGGAGGAAGGCAUUAUCCAACAGGAGGAAGGACAAAGAGAAGAUCAGGAAAAGGAAGGUUUUAGACUCGGAGGAAAGGAAAAAGGAUAUUCCCAGCAUCAGUUCACUUAAUGCCAUGCCACAUGACAUCUUGCCGAAAAAGAAAGUCAGCAGAAAGUCAAAGUCAAACACAGAUACUGGUGAAGCUCAGUUAGACUCGGAGGAAAGACACAAACAGCAUAAGCACGUAGCUAUGCCUGUCCAUAAACCGAACCUGGCGCCAGCUGGCCCCGAGAACCCGAGUUGAACCUGAAGGUUCAGUUUAAUGCCUUUUUUCGAGUCAUUUUCAUUUUUUUUCUUCAUUACUUGUUAUUGACCAUUGAAAUGUAGUUUAUAGUGGCAUGAAGUAUACAGCAUAUACUUUUCGGAAUAGGUGAUGGGACAUCUAUGAUCUAUAUGGAUGGAUGAACGGCUUCCAUUCUAUGUGAAGAGGUACAGAGAUAAUUAGGCCAGAGAAAAUAUAUUGAAUAUGCUUUCUCUUGAGACGGUAUGUACUUUGAGGAUAAGUUGUUGUACCCUCUUUCUCUCUUAGUUAUCUCUUGUUUUAAACAGAAGAAUAUAAGGGCACUGUGCCUUUUAUCAAGCAGCUGCUUUAGGUAGACCUAAUGUUUAGACAAUCAUAUUUUUUUUUUUUCAACAGAUAUGCAUACUUUACAAUUGAAAUGUCACUCUUAAAGACAACAUAAACAAGGGUAUGGCAUUUUAUAAGAUAAGGUAUGUUUGUGUUACAAUUGUAUGAUGGAUUGAUUAGUUUAACGGAUAGGUCUCUUUGCACGAUAAUCUGUGUUUAAUGAGUAUUUCUUGACUUUUUGGUAGUAAUUGUGUUGAUACCAAAUUUGUUGGCCAGAAAUUUGAG